GGGGCGGCGGCGGCGGGCGCGAGGCCGGUGUACAACCUGACGCUGACGGUGGCCGAGGGGCUGCCGGCGGGAACGCUGGUAGGCGACCUCCGCGCGGGGCUGCCGGCGGACGCGGGGCCGCCGGGCGGUUUCCUGCUGUCGGAAGGCAGCGGCGAGUCGGCGCUGCUGGCCGACUUUCAGGUGCGGCCCGAUACCGGCGAGAUCCGCACGGCGCGGCGCCUGGACCGGGAGCGCCGGGCGCACUACAGCUUCGCGGCGGCCACGGUGCGGGGCGACGUGGUGCAGGUGGAGAUCGCGGUGGCCGACGCCAACGACCACCCGCCGCGCUUCCCUCGGGGCCGCCUGCGGCUAGACGUGUCGGAGCUGAGCCCGCCCGGCAGCGUCUGCCGCCUGCCGCCCGCCAAAGACCCCGACGCUGGGCGCUUCGGCACGCAGGGCUACGCGCUGCUGGAGGCGGGCGGCGCGCCAGGAGAGCCCCCGCUCUUCGCGCUGCGCUGCGGCCGCUCGGCGGCGGGCUCAGCGCCCGGACCGCUGGACCUGGUGCUGCUGCGGCGCCUGGACCGCGAGCGGGCGGCCGAACACCGGCUGGUGCUGGAGGCGUGGGACGGCGGCAGCCCGCCGCGCCGCGGCCGCCUGCGCGUGGCCGUGCGGGUGCUGGACGAGAACGACAACGCGCCCGCGUUCGGCCGCGCCGAGUACCGCGCGCGGCUCCUCGAGGACGCGGCGCCGGGCACUGCCGUGUGCCGUCUGCACGCCACCGACCCCGACCUGGGCGCCAACGGCCGCGUGCGCUACGCCAUCAACCGGCGGCAGAGCGACCCCGGCGACUUUUUCGCGGUGGGGGCGCGCAGCGGGCUGUUGCGGCUGCGGCGGCCGCUGGACCGCGAGGCGCGGGCGCUGCACCGCGUGGUGGUGGAGGCGCGGGACGGCGGCGCGCCGCCCGAGGUGUCGGCCGCGCUGGUGUCCGUGGCCGUGCUGGACGUGAACGACAACGCGCCCGCCAUCCGCCUGCUUUUCCUGACCGAGAGCGGCGGCCCGCGCGUCUCCGAGGGGACGCAGCCCGGCGCCUACGUGGCCCGCGUCUCCGUCUCGGACGCCGACGAGGCGCGCGGUGGGGCCGGCGUGGCGCUGGCUCUGCGUGGCGGGGACGGAGCCUUCGCACUGCGCCCGGCGGCCGCCGGCGUCUUCUUCCUGUGCGUGGCGGCGCCGCUGGACCGGGAGCGCCGCGAGCUCUACGCGCUGCGCUUGGUGGCCCGCGACGGCGGCGCCCCGCCGCUUUCCGCCGAGCGGGUGCUGCUGCUGCGCGUCGCCGACGUGAACGACGAGGCGCCCGCCUUCGCGCGGGCCCACUACCGCGCCGCCGUCUCGGAGGCGGCCGCUCCCGGCACGGCCGUGCUGCACCUCAGCGCUUCGGACGGCGACGAGCCGGGCUCGCCCAACGCUGAGGUGCGCUACGCGCUGGAGGGAGAGCCUGGCGCGCUGGCGCUGCUGCGCAUCGACGCGCGGAGCGGCGCCGUCAGCACCCGCGGGCGCCUGGACCGCGAGCGGCGCGCCGCGCUGGAGCUGCGUGCGGUGGCGCGGGACGGCGGCCGCCCGCCGCGCUCGUCCUGGUGCCGCCUCAGCGUCCGCGUGCAGGACGCCAACGACAACGAGCCCCGCUUCCAGCGCCGCGUCUACCGCGGCCGUCUGCCCGAGCACGCCGCGCCCGGCCGCUGCCCGCUGCAGGUCAAGGCAACGGAUGCAGAUGCUGACAAGUUCGGUGAAAUUGAAUAUUUACUCUAUGAUGGAUUCCAUUAUCAUGAAAAAUCCAAAGCUUUCCAGAUUGAUCCACGUACUGGUCAAAUCUGUGUCUCUCAAGACAUUGACAGAGAAGGAGAUCCAACUACUUACAAUCUAUUAGUAAAAGCUACAGAUGGGGGUGGGCUGGGUGCCCAAGCUUUUGUUCGCAUUGAGAUUGAAGAUAUUAAUGAUAACCAACCUGUUUUUGAACAAACCAUCUAUGUGACAAGCAUCAGCAGUUGCACAGAACCAGGAACAGAGAUCAUCAAUGUUGUUGCCACAGACAGAGAUUCAGGAAUAUAUGGAGCUGUCACGUAUGAACUGGUCCCAGGAGAAUUUUCUUCUUUUUUCACAGUGGACACUACUACAGGAAUUAUUUACCUGACCUCAGCUCUCAGUCACCUGGCACAUUCUGCGCUGCUCCUGGCAGUUUCUGCACAGGAUGGGGGUGGCCUUUCCUCAGCCACCAAUGCGACUGUCACGGUGCACAUCCUUCAGACCACUUCAGUCCCUGCCAUAUUUGAGAGAUCCCAGUAUGCUUUUUCUGUUCCCGAAGAUGCACCUAAAGACAGCCUGGUAGGAACUGUAAAGGCCAGAGAGCCCUCAGAUUCUUUAGAAGUGGUUUCUUACAGAAUUUCCUCUGGUGAUCCACAAGGAAGAUUCUAUAUUGACUCCCAGUUUGGUAUCAUCCGCAUCAAGAAAGAGCUUGACCAUGAAACCCAGUCUGUUUUCAUGCUCACCAUUCAGUCACAGUUGGGAAAGUCCCCUGUCUACAGUAGCACCCAAGUCAAUAUAUCUGUGAUAGAUGUUAAUGACAACCCUCCGGUAUUUCUUACCAGAUCUGAUAAGGUAAUUAUUUCACAUACCCAGCCUCCUGGCACUGCUGUGUACAUUGCUCAUGCAGAAGAUAAAGAUAGCAGCCUUAACGGGGUGAUCAAAUACAGUCUUGCAAGCAAUCAGACAAAUGCAUUUAGUAUAGAUUCAGGCCUUGGAGUGGUAAGCCUCAUCAGAACAGUGUUCGAGGAUAAACAGCUGGAAUAUAAUCUGUACAUAGCAGCUGAAGACCAUGGAAGUCCUCCUCUGAGUUCUUUGCUGUUGUUGACAGUGACUGUUGAAGAGCAGAGGAUGGGCCCCACUUUGGUUUUUCAGAACUUGGUGUAUCAAGUAGAAAUCAGUGAAGCUACAUCUCCAGGUGCUUAUAUCCUUCAGGUUCAAGCCUACUUAUUUCAUCCAUGCCGUGUUGGCUCCAAGCUGACAUAUUCCAUAGAGUCUAGCACAGAUUCUGUUGCAUUUGGAAUCAGAUCUGAUACUGGCUGGAUUUAUCUUCGGAAACAUUUGAACUAUGAAUGUGCACAGAUUCUUAGUUUUCGAGCCCUGGUCAGCACCUCAGGGGAGGAAAACUCCAUGCAGAAUGCAAGUGCAUCAGUAAUAGUUAAUGUCCUGGAUGAAAAUGAUAAUUCCCCUGUGUUUAUGCAUGAGAACUACUUCUUCAAAAUGGAGGAAAAUCCAAUUCCCAAGGGUGUGAUUGGCACUGUCACAGCUGUUGACAAAGACUCAGGAAGAAAUGGACAACUUUCAUAUUUCCUCCUGUCUGAUGGAACAUAUUUCAAGAUCAACUCCAACACAGGUGAAGUUAUAAACUGGGUUGCCUUAGACCGUGAAAAACAAGCUCACCACCAGCUGACUGUACUAGUGACUGAUCAUGGGUCACCACCACUUAAUGUCACGGCAACUGUGUACAUCUCAGUGAUGGACAUCAACGAUAAUAAACCUAUCUUCCCUCAGAUUGCACCUGGAAAAGAGCUAAGCAUCAAGGUUUUGGAAGGGCAGUCAUCAGAAAUGCUCAUCACCUCUGUCUUUGCAAAGGACUUUGAUUCUGGGAACAAUGGUACAGUACUAUAUUCAAUAGAACCAGAAGAUGAUACAGGAUACUUCCAGAUUGAUGCUGUCAGCGGGGAGUUGAGAGCAAUCCAGCCUCUCUCAUAUGCUGAGAGAUCGAGCUACAGAAUGACGGUCACAGCCAGAGACCAGGGAAUGCCUUCCCUCCAAGGACAGGCUGUUGUUGACAUCCAGGUAAUCCCACUUCCCACAGGGAGACCCGUCUUCUCUCAAGAUUUCAAGCACUUUGUCAUACCUGAAAAUUUUAAACCUGCACAAGUAUUGACUUCUGUAAAUUUGCCUGAUAAUCAUGUGACAACUAACAGGAAACUGCAUUUUAGUAUCGCUGAAGAUGAUGAUGAUGUUUAUUUUGAAGUAAAUAGUUGGACAGGAGACCUUUUUCUUUACAAGGAACUUGACUAUGAAACAUCUUCAUGCUUCUUUCUGCAAGUUAUUAUAAAGGAUUACAGUAAUAAUCCCCCACAGAAUAAUACUGUCUUUCUCAGUAUUGAUGUAGAAGAUCAGAAUGAUCAUUCUCCAUAUUUUCAAGAUGACUUCAUAGUGAUUGGCAUAGAGGAAAAUGUGCCUGCUGGCACUCUGGUUUACACAUUCAAUGCGAAAGAUGGAGAUGGCAGUUCUCUGAACAGCAAAAUACAAUAUGCCGUGGAAAUGAGUAGCAUGGAAGAAAAUCCAUUUGUUGUUCACCCUUCAUAUGGCAUCUUGGUCACAGCAUCCCCACUGGACAGGGAGAUUACUCACUCUGUGAUCCUUACGGUGUCUGCAACAGACCAGACAAUAAAUGUGGCUGAUCGCAGACGUGAUUCCCUGACCGCAAAAAUCAUUAUUCUAGAUGUCAAUGACAACAGUCCCAGCUUUAUAUCUUCACCUCUUUGCUAUGUCAUGGAGGAUGCAGAUGUGGGCCUCCUUGUACACCGUGUAACUGCAAAGGAUCCUGAUGAGGGAAGAAAUGGACAUGUUACGUAUCACUUAAUUUCAGGCAAUGAAAAUGGAUCGUUUAUAUUGGAUAAAAUCACAGGACUCCUAAGUACAGCCCAGCUCCUGGACCGUGAGUUUCAGGAGCACUACAGUCUGACAGUCAUGGCUUUUGAUGAUGGCAGCCCAGCUCUCUCCGCAACACAGGUUCUAACCAUCCUUGUUCUUGACGUGAAUGAUGAGAGACCAGUAUUUCUGCAGCAGCUUUAUGAGACUGCAGUUUAUGAAAACCAGGAUCCAGGGAAGCUGGUCAUAAGAGUUGAAGCUGUGGAUAGAGACACAGGACAACAUUCCUUGCUUCAGUAUGAAAUCUUACCAGGACCUGGAUAUGAGAAAUUCAGAAUAAAUUUGGACAGCGGAGAACUGGUAACAGCUGUAUCACUGGACAGGGAAACCCAGGAGGUUUUCAGUAUUAAAGUUUUGGUUCGAGAUGGUGGAACUCCAUCUCUAUCAAGCACAGCAACAGUUAUCUGCAAAGUGCUGGAUGAAAAUGAUAGCUCUCCCAAGUUUUUCUUUCCUGUCUUUGAGAUUUGUAUUCCAGAGAAUCAACAACCUUCAGUAGUUUAUGUUGCCAGGGCUGCAGACAUGGAUACUGGCAAUAACGGAGCUCUAAGAUACAAAAUAAGUGGUGGAAAUGUUGGAGAAUACUUCACACUAAAUAACACUUCAGGAGAACUGUUGGUCACUCGUAUCUUAGACAGAGAAGAUGUCAGCAAUUUUACUCUUGUAAUUGAGUGCCACGACCUAGGCAGUCCCUUGAGGAGCUCCACUGCACUGCUGUACAUAACAGUCCUGGAUGAAAAUGACCACAGCCCGCUGUUUGAAAAGAACAAGUAUCACCUCUCCGUGAGAGAAGACCUAGAGGAAGGCACAACUAUCCUGGACCUUUUUGCUUCUGACAGGGAUGACGGUCCAAAUGGCGAAGUUACGUACUUACUCAUUGGAGACACCUUUGGAGCAUUUGCCAUUGACAGUGUAACAGGCUCCAUAGUUACUACAAAGGCACUGGACAGGGAAACCAAGUCCCAGUAUACGUUUAGGGCUGUGGCAAGUGACUGUAGCUCCCGUUUGCCAAGAAGCACCACUGCCAGUGUUGUGGUGCACAUUGAUGAUGUCAACGACAAUAAUCCUGUGUUUCUGCAGAGCCCCAUCAGGGCCUUUGUGCCUGUGGAAACCACAGUGAAUGAGACAGUAGCCACUGUGAGAGCAGAGGAUGUGGAUCUGGGGCCAAAUGGAGCUAUUGUUUUUAGUUUGUCAGCAGCAGAAACUUUAUUUGAGAUUGAUGCAGAGACGGGUGACAUCGUUCUUCAGGAGCCCUUGACUUCUGAAGACUUCAGUACACAGCUGCUAGUGAUGGCUUCAGAUCAAGGUACCUCACCUCGAACAGCCACGACUCUGGUCAUUAUCUUUACAAAGGAACAAAAAGAGAUUUCGUUCAGCCAUGGCCUAUAUGAAGCAAGUGUGCCUGAGAACAGUGCAGCAGGUACAUCACUUCUAACUGUAGAAGCUUAUGAACGCAAAUUUACAGGAGAAAGCAUAAAAUAUAGCAUCCUCAGUGAAGAGGAAAGUGUAUUCUCCAUACACCCCAUUACAGGUACGAUCACAGUAAAGGAGCCAAAGUUUCUUGAUUAUGAAGUUAAGCAUAAAAUACAUCUUUCAGUCUUGGCUGAAAAUAGUUUGAAUUCAGCGCUCUGUGGAGUGACAGUUUUGAUACAAGAUGUGAAUGACAAUGUACCUAAAUUUGAACAAAGCUCUUACAAAGCGUCAGUAUGGGAAGGCCAGACUCCUAAAACAGAUGUCAUACAGAUAUUUGCAACUGACCUUGACAGCGGACUGAAUGGAGAAACAGAAUACUCAAUUUUGUCUGGUAAUGAAAAUGCAGCAUUUCUAAUUGAUUCAGCACAAGGGACUUUAGCAACUAAUACAGUCCUAAAUCAUGAAGACACUUCAUCUUAUAGAUUGGUCGUACAAGUUGCUGAUAAAGGAAACCCCAGACUUUCUGCUACAAGUAUUGUGAGGAUACUAGUGGUAGACAUUAAUGAUAAUGCUCCGAUCGUCCAACCACCUGGUGAAGUGGAGGUCCCAGAAAAUGUCCUGCCUGGUUUUACAGUCAUUCAAGUAUCAGCAACUGAUGUGGACUCUAGCCCAGCACUUCAGUUUGGUUUAAAUGAUGAUAAACGUACUGGAAUGAAAUUUGCUAUCAAUCAACACACUGGUGUAGUCUCAGUGGUAGAACCACUAGAUUUUGAAGAAACUGCUGUGUAUAAGCUGGGAAUUAUAGUUUCAGAUUCUGCCCAUCAAACAGAAGCAGAGCUCACAAUCCAUGUUUUGGACAUCAAUGAUAACACACCAGUGUUUACUCAGGAUUUGUAUCAGGUGAGCUUGCCAGAGUUCAUUUCAGUGGGUACCACUGUUCUGACUAUCUCUGCUGUGGAUAGGGAUUCAGAGCAUAAUGGAAUGAUUUCCUACAAAAUCCUCUCUUCCUCGAAGGGAUUUUCCGUUGAUCACAAGAAUGGUUCAUUGUUCACUACUGAGCCAGUGGCACAGAUGGAAAACAAUGCUGUUAUUCAGCUACUGGUAGCUGCCGUGGACAGUGGCAGUCCUGCUCUGAGCACAGUCACCUCUAUAGAGGUACACAUAGAAGAUGUGAAUAACCAUGCCCCUCAGUUCACGAGGGCACUGUACAAUCUCAGUGUGAGGGAGAGUGCCUCAGUAGGAGAAAGCGUCCUUGCAUUUUCAGCAAUAGACUGCGACUGGACACAUGAAAAUGCAUACAUUGAGUACUCUAUUAUUGAUGGCAAUGCUGAGAACUUAUUCACUGUGGAAACAAGCGUCACGGAGUCAGAAACAUCCUACAAGCUUGUUGGCAAUCUUGUUUUAAGCAAUGUUCUUGACAAGGAAACUACUGCUUGCCAUCAUUUGGUCCUCCUUGCCUCUGAUCAUGGAAAGCCCUCCUUGAACUCAACUGCUACCGUGCUAAUAACUGUAUUGGAUGUUAAUGAUAAUCCUCCAGUAUUUAGCAGCUCAGAGUACCAUGUUCACGUCAAAGAAAGACUCCCUGUCGGUAGUCAUGUCACAGAAGUUUCAGCAAAUGACCCUGAUGCAGGCACUAAUGCAGAGAUCACUUAUGCUAUAAUUUCUGGAAAUGACAAGCAAUAUUUUCAGAUGGAUGGGAAAACUGGAUCUGUGGAUUUGAUGAAAACUCUGGAUUAUGAGGAUACUACGAAAUUUACUUUGUUCAUCCAAGCCACAGAUGGAGGAGCUGAUAUAAAAAAUGCGGCUUUUUCUGUUGUCCAUGUUAGCAUCCUAGAUGACAAUGAUUAUGCCCCACUGUUUUUGUUUCCCAGCAUGAACUGUAUUGUCAGUGAAAACCUGCCCAGCUUUUCUUUCAUAUGUACUGUCACUGCCCUGGAUUUUGACAAAGGCUCCUACGGACACCUCACCUACUCCAUCCAGUCUUCGUGUUUGGCUCAGCAUGAAGCUCCUAGAGAUCAUGACAUGUUUUUCAUUGACCCUUUGACAGGAGAUAUUCAUACAAAGCAAAUAUUUGACUAUGAAAGUCAGAAUACGUACUGCCUCAUAAUUCAAGCAAAAGACAAAGGUGACUUACUGGCCACAGUUACAGUUCAGGUAGAUAUUGAGGGGAGAGAUGAGUUUGACCCAGUAUUUUCACAAGAUCAGUAUUUCUUUAAUCUCCCUAGGAAAAAUGAAGCAGGCCAGUUGCUUGGCAAAGUGACAGCAUCAGAUAAUGAUAGUGGACUGGAUGGAGUUGUUCGUUACUCCCUGCUACAAUCUUCUGCAUUCUUUUCUGUAAAUCAAAGUAGCGGUGACAUUUAUUUGACUCAAACUGUUCACCAAAAUAGAAAUGACAGCAAAAGGAAUGAUGAUGCCCUGAAAUUGUUGGUAAGGGCUCAGAGCCCAAAAAUGGAGUCAAAGUUCACAGUAUGUACUGUUCUGGUGAAUGUUUCUGAUUCUCCUCAAAGUUAUCCUGUUGUGUCAGCCUACAGUCUGACCAUCAACCUUUCUGUCUCUCUCAUGAUGUUCCUGCUGCUUGCCUUGCUUGUCAGUGUUAUUGCAAUUAUUCUGAGACAUAAGCGGAAAGAUGUGAUGAACUCUUAUGUGAAAAAAGAAGCAUUAUCCUCCUCAGCUACUGACGUGAAUUUGGCCAGAGAAGAUAUGGUUCUUAAGGACUGCCGGAAAAUCCAAAGUACUGAGAGCAGUAUGCUACCCAUGGGUGCCAUAGCAGAUUGGCUGAGCCUGGCAGGAAUCAGAGAGAGAAAAAAUGACAAUGUGCCGUGCGGGCAUUCAGACUUCAGUGGCCACAGUUCUGCCGAAGGAGAAACGGCAGAGGAUGAGGAAAUCAAAAGGAUCAAUGAACAUCCUUGCAGGAAGAAUGCUGGCUCCUCACUGAGUGAAUGAGGCUCCCGGGUGCCAGAUUCGGGGAUCCCAAGAGAGUCUGACGAGCUCUCCUGCCUGUCUGGGGAAACUGACAUUGUGGCUACCAUGCAAAGCAUGGAGAACGUGCAGGCUGUUCAAGGCAAAGGUGGAGAAGCCUGUGAUCCAGCCUAUCCAAGUAACAAAGUGUUGUCUCAGACACUUAAAAGAACUGAAAUAAGAGAGAAGGACGUAAUGCCAGACCUCACAAGAGACUAUGACUUGGUAUCAGAUAGGCAGGACUCUCGGUGAGAUUUGGUCACAACUCUUGGCACCUCUGAUGAGGAUCUCAGAGGCAGUUACAGCUGGGAUUAUAUGCUCAGCUGGGAACCCAGAUUUCAGCCUCUCUCCUCAGUCUUCAGUGACAUUGCAAAACUGAAAGAUGAAAGUGUAUGUGUUUGUAGCCUUCCUAAGGAGAAGCCUUUUGUUUUCCCUCCUCCCUUGAUAACAUCAGUAGCUCAACCUGGCGUAAGGACAGUGCCACCACAAAUACCAAAUAUAAUAUCAGGGCAAGCAUUUAAAAAAUGCCUUCAUUCUCCCCUUAUUCAGAAUCCUGGAUACCCUCCACCAAUUGUGACGCCCAGUAUUUCUCCUUCUCUGUCUUUGCUUACCAUGCAGACACCUACUUCUUCUCCAUUAAUGUCUGAUGGGAGAAGGAUAGGAACAUAUCUUACUUGUCCAAGCCAUGAACUUGCAACAGAGGAGGAAAUUCAAAUCUAGGUUAUUAGCUGAUGGUAGUUUGUGGAAAAGUAUAUGGCUUGAAAUGUACUUUGCUUUUUUUUAACAAGCAAAACUUGCCUGUCAAAACUGAAUCACCACUAUCUCUUCUGUUCUUGUGAGCUGAAGCAGUUAAUAUAUAACAUAGCCACAAACUUUGUAACAAUCCAUCAUGUUCUUUGCAGAGUAUGCUACCAGUCCAUGAGGUUUCUCCUUUUGCAGCUCCCAACAAGUGUGGUUUCCCAUGUAAUUCACACAACUAGGUGCCUGAAAACCAACUUGAUCAAUUCUAAUGUUUUUAACAAAAUAUGUUAAUAACAAAUUAAUAGUAGUAACUGUUUUCUGUGGAGAAUUUUUCUAUGGUUGCAUUAUGAGGGGGUAGAAUCACAGAAUCAUAGAAUAUCCCGAGUUGGAAGGGACCCACAAGAAUCAAGUCCAACCUCUGGCUCCACAUAGACCAUCCAAAAUCAGACCAUGUGACUGAGAGUGGUGUCCAAAUGCUUCUAGAAUUCCAGCAAGCUUGGGGCUGUGCCCACUGGCCUGGGAAGCCUGUUCCAUGCCCACCGCCCUCUGGUGAGGAACCUUUUCCUAACCCCCACCUGACCUUCCCUAAAGCAGCUCCUUAAUUUGUCAGCACUGAAGUGAGACUGACAGGUCUGUAAUUUACCAGGGUUUUCUUUCUUGCCCUUCUUGAAGAUUGGAACAAUGUUUGCCAUCUUCCGGUCAACUUGGGACCUCUCCCCAUUCCCAAGACCACUGAAAAUAAUUGAGAGGUCACGUGAUGGUAUUGGCCAACUCUCAGAGUACCCUGGGAUGAAUCCCAUUGGGCCCAAGGACUUAUAUGCAUCCAGACGGAGCAGCAAAUCAUGCACAAGUUUGGAGUUGGCAGGAAUUUUAUUGUUAGUGUAGUCACUGUUCUCUAACACAGGGUACCUGGGGUGCCAGAGCCUGUCACUGAUGUUGAAGAUAGGGGCAAAGAAAGCGUUAGAUGUCUCUGCUUUGUCUAUGUCUCUGUUUUUAAUAUGGCCAUUCUCAUCAAGUAACAAACCAAUAUUCUCUAUCUUUUUGUUGUUAACAUAUUAAAAAAAAAAAAA